GAGACGUCCAUUCCUACCUCCAAGGCUGAGUAUUCUGUCUACUUUACUCAAAUCUGCUCCUUCUCAGAUGGCCUCUGACUGACUCUGAAUCCUCCCCGGCAUUCCUGCUGCCGUGAUGACUCAGUGUUGUUCAUCUCUCUCCUUUAUCUCUUAACGCCGCUACUACCGAUUACUAGCUUAUGCUUUGACCAUCUCCCUCUUCCCCGUCAUCACAUUUGUCGGACGAGGGAAAUGACAUCUUCGAACAUAUUAUCGCGUUUUCUCCCCGCUACGGGUUCGCCGUCUGUUUACGAAGCUAUUCGCCAACACGAUGUUGACUCGGACGCUUCCGACGUUGAAGAGCGUGCCGGUAUGACCCUGGAUGAUGAGCCGCAGGAUCAUUUCAGUGAUCGUGAGCUCGAGGAGGCCCUGGCUGAUGCCAGGGAAAGUCAGACUGCGAGUCCAAGUUCUCCGUUCCUCUCCCAGCGGCGGGCCUCUGGGCAGCGUCGCGGGAAUUCUGCCUCCGUCCGUCGUCGAUGGUUUCAAGACUACCCUUCCGGCGUGGAGACUGACGAUCGAGAUGAUGAUGUCCCUCCGUCUCUUUUAAUAGAGGGCCACGAGGAAGGCGAAACUUUCAAUCCCCAUCGUCCUCCACCCCCUCCCCACGAUCCCUCCGAUUCGGUACCCCCUCUUCCAGGAGCGUCGACGCGGGUAAACCGAGCUCGCUGGGAAGCAACAAGAGCGCAGCAACCCCUUUAUCCGGUAAAUCAAAGGUCUCCGCCACCAGCAAGGUGGUCUGUCGGCCAACAUCCAGGCCUGGCCGCGGUGGAUCCCAAAGAGAAAGCGAUGUGGAGGUGGGCGAAUGUCGAAAACCUGGACAAUUUCUUGAAGGACGUUUACGAGUAUUACUUGGGCAAUGGGAUCUGGUCGAUUAUGCUCAGUCGAGCUCUGAAUCUUCUGUAUGUUCUCAAGAGUCCUCCGUCGCCUCCGCAAUCAUAGCAAUGGGGAGAAAUAUAGAUAUAUAUACACACACACACAUGCAUACUAACGUCGCUGAUAGCACGCUAGCAUUCGUCGUGGGGUUCACAGUCUUUCUCUCCAGUUGCAUUAAUUAUGGCAACGUUCGAGGUAGCAGAAAAUUCGAUGACAUUCUUAUCCAGGAAUGCACCGCGAAGAUGUCCGCAUCUUCCACCUUUUUGUUGUGGUUAUUCACCUUCUUCUGGAUCGGAAAACUAUUUCAGUUUUUUCUGGAUAUCAGAAGAUUAAGACAUAUGCAUGACUUCUUCUUCUACCUGCUGGGCAUUUCAGAUUCUGAGAUUCAGACAAUAUCGUGGCAGGAGGUUAUAAGUCGAUUGAUGGGGCUUCGAGACGCAAAUCCUGCCACCGCCGGUGCUGUCUCUGCGAAACAUCGGAAGUUCAUGGGUAGUCAAUCAAAGCAAAGAAUGGAUGCUCACGAUAUUGCAAAUCGGUUGAUGCGCAAGGAGAACUAUCUGAUCGCGUUGGUCAAUAAAGAUAUACUAGACCUAACACUUCCUAUCCCGUUUCUGAGGAACAGACAGCUUUUCUCGCGAACACUAGAAUGGAAUAUCCAGCUUUGUAUCAUGGACUAUGUUUUCAACGAUCAGGGUCAAGUCCGAACGUUGUUUCUCAAAGAUACCCACAGGAGAGCUCUGAGUGAUGGUCUGCGUCGGCGUUUCAUCUUUGCAGGGUUCAUGAACAUCUUCGUAUCCCCUUUUAUUGUGGUCUAUUUCCUGAUGCAUUACUUCUUCCGCUAUUUCAAUGAGUAUAAGAGGAAUCCUUCGCAGAUCGGUUCUCGACAGUAUACUCCCCUUGCAGAGUGGAAGUUCCGUGAGUUCAAUGAGCUCUGGCACCUCUUCGAACGUCGGAUCAAUUUGUCGUAUCCCUUUGCUAGCCGCUACGUCGACCAGUUCCCGAAAGACAAAACUGUCCAGCUGGCUCGCUUUGUGGCCUUCGUUUCCGGUGCCCUCGCCUCAGUGUUGGCCCUUGCCUCUCUUGUGGAUCCCGAGCUGUUUCUGGGUUUCGAGGUCACCCACGAUCGAACAGUCCUAUUCUAUCUCGGCGUCUUUGGUUCCGUCUGGGCCGUGGCCAGAGGCAUGGUGCCCGAAGAAACUGAUGUUUUCGACCCCGAAUUCGCCCUGCUCGAAGUCAUCGAUUACACUCACUACUUUCCAACCUCUUGGAAAGGGCGGCUGCAUAGCGAUGAAGUCCGAAAGGAGUUUGCAAUGCUCUAUCAAGUGAAGAUUGUUAUUUUUCUAGAGGAAAUUUUGAGCAUGAUAUUUACACCUUUUAUUCUCUGGUUCAGUUUGCCCAAGUGCAGCGACCGCCUGAUUGAUUUUUUCAGAGAAUUCACCGUCCAUGUCGAUGGUAUGGGAUAUCUUUGUUCAUUUGCUGUGUUCGACUUCAAAAAGAACACCAAUACGAUCCCACACAACCGUCAGCCUGGUCUCGCGAGGCAGGACCUCCGAGCGGAUUACUUCUCUACCAAAGAUGGCAAGAUGCUUGCAUCGUACUAUGGUUUCUUAGAUAACUACGGCGCCAAUCCUCGACCAGGCCAGCCUUAUAUGUAUCCUUCUUCUAGGCGGCCCUUCCACCCUCCACUUACGUUUCCGACACUUGCACCCCCAUCUGGGGCGGAGAUGCCGACUGGCGACCGAUUUGAUCACAUGCAGAUGCGGCAGACACCAAACAUGGGUGCGCCUUUGAGUCACCAAUCCACGGCAGGCCUUCGCGUAGGAAACCUGGGCGUGGGCGACGCUGGUUCUCCUGCUCCGUCAGUGCUUCUUGAUCCGCAUCACCAACCAUCCUCUUCCGGCUUCCGCUCCAUGAAUCGAGCGUCUGCCUUUCCGCGCUACAGAUCGACCCGUCAACCACAGCCCGUCUCUGAUCCCAUUGAGGACGAAGAUGAAACCUCACCUACGGGGAUUCGCAGUCAUUCUGCAAAACAGCCGGCUCAUGCGAGCGGAGGCAUAGGCAUCGGUACUAGCGAGAGCAACCUGGGAGAUUCGUGGCGGGUAAACCUGCUGGACAAGGAAGACACUGACGAUGCUGAGGAAGGCGAGAAUGUAGAUGCUGUUGUUGGGGGAGCAGGAGUUCUCGGGUUAAUCCAGCAAUUUCAGAAAGCGAACACUGAAGGUAGAGGUCGAACUGCGGUAGGCAUCUAGAUCGUUUUUGCUGUUCUUGGUUUUGUUUUGGUUACGGUGGUUCUUCACGGCCUUUGGCAGGCUUGACAAGAAGGGUGUAUAUUCUUAGGAUCCAAAAGGAGCGGAGUAAAGGAACAGGCGUUCUUCUAUGGGCUGCAUAAGAGGAUAGCUGAAUAGCAAUGCGAUUAACUUAAACACUUGGA